UUCCGAGAGAACUUGAAGGUAGCAUCAUUUUUCACCACCCCUCUGUCGGACGGUGACGUCACCUCCCAGCUAGACGGCCAGUUGGAUUGUUCGGGCAGAAGAGACAGUUGUUGACGUUUUGUUUUGAUCGCUUUUGUCUGCAUUUUUGGACAUUACGCCGACAUUAUCCGCGGAUUUAGAAACCCGCCUUUCGACUGUGCCAUCACGCCUCAGUGCGGGGAUCCAGCAAAGAUGAAAUGGAUGUUUAAAGAGGACCAUUCCCUGGAGCAUCGAUGUGUGGAGUCAGCCAAAAUACGAAACAAAUAUCCUGACAGAGUACCAGUGAUAGUGGAGAAGGUGUCGGGCUCGCAGAUAGUGGACAUUGAUAAGAGGAAGUACCUUGUGCCCUCUGACAUCACAGUGGCCCAGUUCAUGUGGAUCAUCAGGAAACGCAUCCAGCUGCCUUCAGAGAAAGCCAUCUUCCUCUUUGUCGACAAAACUGUCCCCCAAUCCAGCCGGUCCAGUGGUGCAUGCAUGCUAGUGCGUGAGUGCCUUGUGGUUUCGGUAUCGGAUGCCGAGGGCGGGGAUAAAGCGUCUGUGAGAGCCGUGAUGAAGCAAUCCCUGACCACUUUUUUUCAGUAUUUCAAGACAGCACCUACACUCUCCUACGCUCAGAUCGAUCGCUCUUGGUUCCCAGGAUCAUUUCCUUCUGUCUGUUCCAAAGGUUAGAACUGAGCGGGGGGGAAAAAGGCCUUUCAGUUUGCUGCACCCUCUACCUGGAACGAGUUACAGAAAUCCAUGAAACUUACCGAGCUGCUCUCAUUGGUCGAUUUUAAGAGGAUGUUGAUUGACUUGGAGGCGGCCAUAUCUGGCUGCAGAUGUUUUGCCUGGUGUAUUUAGGAUUGUAGUUGAC